AUGAAUCUUCGAGUAAAUACGGGAUUGGUCUUUAAGCAGAAUAAUGAUCGGGAGCAAAUGUACGCCUCGAGGGAAACCGACUCUGACCAAGCAGCGAAGGAGCAAGUAGAUGCAUACAAGCAACCUCCUUCCAGGCCGAUGACCUCCCCUCCUUCUGCAGUCACUGUGUCUUCGUCGUCGGCAGAUGAUUUCACAAGUGGAAUGUCUUAUUGCGCGUCCCAUCCGAGCAUACCGUCAGUUGUGUCCGGGGCAUCAUCUCUUUCGAAUGAUGGCUCCCAUCUAUAUUCUGGGGUACAUGACAAGGACCCUGACAAGGUACCGCCCUUACUCCGAACUGGAGAGACCGUCACGAAUGCAAAGAGUACGUAUGAACGGCCGCAUGAAGAUGAGUUAAGGUAUGAUUGCGACGACGAGGAUGACGGCGAAAGCAGCGAUGAAGGCAUCACCUUUGGCAGGAAAAGGUCAAAAUCGGCUGGCGACAAGUCGAAAAACGACUACAUGAGACCAUGA